GUCUGCUGUCGUCGGUAUAGCGAAACAUUUCUCGCAUAUAUAUAGAGGAAUUAUACGGUGUGAAGUGUUAAUUGGAAGUGGAAUUGUUAAAUAAAAAAAAAAGUUUAAAUUAAAAGUACAAUAAUUAUACAAAAUAUAAUUGAAGACAAGGAUCUAUGUAAUAUCCUCCUGAUAUAUUAUUGCAUUAUCGAUCUCAUAUUAUUACACGCUACAAAAUGUCGAAUCAAUUUAAUUCCGAUGAUGAGAGUGAUGUGAUGAGUGAUGCACCACAACGGUUGCCGACUACAUCUGAAGUGAACGAAAAUCUUUUAUCCGCUCAAAACAGUCAAUUGGCUGUGUACAAUGCACACGACGGCAACAACAGUAUUGUGAAAUCAUCACCGGGACUGCAACAUCUCAAUCGAAACAUAAAUUUGAAUUUAAGCUCUGAACCGGGAUCGGUGGUAGCCUUAAAUACAAUACACGAGAUAAAUCUAUCGCGGCGACCAUCAGCCCUACUUCAAGAUCUGUUAUCGACGAGACGACCGUCAGCCGUGAUGGCUGCAAUUAGGACUCCGAAUCAUCGACCAAGAAUGCUGGGAUCACUCCACGAGUUGACUCCCAGCCCCAGUAUUAAGUCAUUGUCACAGUAUCAACAGAAUAACUACACACCAAGUGGCCAACAUCAUGAUCGAAAUAAUGAGCAGGCACAGAUGUAUCGCAGAAAGAAUCGAAAAAUUGGAGAUGACGCACUCAGUUCAGCUCUAUCCGCUCUUUAUGCUAAAAUUAUUGUUAUAUUGGGGGUUGCACUACCCAUAACUGAAAUAUUAACGUCGAGAAUACCGAAAAAUAUCUACACCGGUUUCUACUUGUACUUAUAUGUGGUUAGCAUAGCUUUUGUUGUAUUUGUUUACACUGCACAUGUGCGAAAUCGGGCAGUAUUUUCACUACUCAAAACCUACCAUGAAAAGACGAACAGCGGAUACACUAUGAAGAAGCGUGUUCCACACUUUGGCAGUUUUUAUCUAAGAGUUGGUGCCAUUUCGUUUGGAAUCGGAACAAUGGUCUAUUCUGGUCUGGAAUUUGGUCAAUAUUUCGAAAUGAACAACAAUCCCGAGUGCCGUAAUAUAAUGAUCGCUCUAACUCCAGCUGCCAGAAUGGCUCUAUCAAUAUUCCAAAUGCAAUUUAUAUUUUUGAACACCACCGAACUUGAUAUGGGUAAACGUAGAGUCAUCGCAAGAUUCGGUCUUAUGCAUAUGAUCGCUACAAAUUUGUGCGAAUGGUUGUACGUCCUGGUCGAAGAAACGAAACACGAAAUUCAUCAAUUGAUGCACAGUGGACUGGCGGAAAAAUAUCACUCUAUUCCUGCAACAUUUACCAGCUCAACUACAAGUACUACUAGUACAACCACAGAAGUGCCAACAGUUACUACUGAAUCAAUGGCAAAUAUAGAAUUCGCUGCAUUGAUUGGAAAUGGGACAUUUAACGAAUCAGCUGCUCAAUUAGCGCAACUGAAUGAAAUCAAUUGUGGUCGUACCGACAUUAUGGGAGCCUUAGUACAGAAUGCUGCACCAUUUCUAUUCCCUUGCACCAUCGAGUAUUCGCUGAUUUGUGCAGUAAUCCUCUUCGAAAUGUGGAAGAAAGUAAAAAAUAUGCCGUCAAUUGAACGGCAUCGCCGUAAUUCAAUUAAACCGAGUACGGCAACCGGCAAAAGUGCUCAUCACUUUUCGGUUGAUUGUUCACGGGCACAUAGGGGAAUGUUUGCUGGGAUCAUCGUCAUUGUGUUGACAAUCAUUUGUUUGAUCAUGUACUUCGUGAUGUACAAGGAAGCUGGCUACGAGCAUUUAGCUAUUAGGGAGGUGACCAUUGUCGAAAUACUCUUAUACGCGCUGACAACAUGUGCUGUUGUGGCUGCUGUAAUAAAAAUGCGAGAUUUGAAAUUUCAGCAGAAAGCUAGCAGCGAUCAUCACGCAGAUACGGUGACACUAGAUUGUACGUUGUUGGUAUUGGCACAAACAGGUGUCUACUUGUACGGAAUGUUUAGCAUAAUGGGAAGUUAUUUCACAUUGGACGAUGAACACGGAAUCGAUGGUCUAGUCUCCGAGAUAUUCGGUUUGAUACAGACAUCCGUACAGACGUUAUUCAUUCUGAAUUCUUGCUGGAGACGGUGCCGUGGUGCCGAACAACAACGCACUAAGCCGGGACGAGAGAUUGUAACAUUCUUGUUGGUCGCAAAUAUGUCGAUGUGGUUCAUAAACACAAUGAUAAAGGGACGGGCCGGAUUUCGGCCGACGCAUCUUAACCUAUAUGGCAUUUGGGCGUGGACAGUUAUUACGCACGUAUCUAUGCCAUUGGCUAUCUUUUAUCGAUUCCAUUCUACGAUCUGCUUGUUUGAUAUUUGGAAAUCGGCCUACAAAGCGAAACAUGGGGAUCAUCAUUAGACUGUGAGCGCAUAUAUUUUGUACGUUCCUUGGCGUGAAUGGUGACUUUUGACCAAUCUAAAAACUUGAAAUCUCAAGAAAAUGUUGAUGCGCUGAGAAAAAGAACACUAUUUCUUGGAAAUGAUUUCAAAGAUUUUUUUACGGUAUUCAAUAGUGAUAAACAACCGAAUGAGUUCUUCAAUGCUGACAUGAGAGAUGCUAAGAAUGUAAUGUCGACAGUGGUUAGCCAGAGAAAUGACAAUAGAUGGCACUGCUUCCGCUAGCCGCAGCUGAGAGCUCGACGGAAGCAUCGCCAUCGGUUAUCAUUUCUCUGUAGUUAGCCGAAAUAAAAAUGUUUAUUCAAACCGAUCGUAAGUGCGUUUACGAAUUUGAAUUUUUAAUAAAUGUCCAGAAUACAUUUCAACGCUCUCUAAUAUGACAAUAAUCGUAAACGGGAGCGGGACAAUUAAACAUUUCAGUUUGUUCCUUCUCACUAUCCAUUUUGACUUUUUUAGCGCACU